AUGUCGCCCUCGAGAGGCGUACGGACGCUCCUUAGCCUGAUUUUCUUCCUUAGCGUCCAGGUUCUGGCCAUUCAAGCGAAUCUCGCCGGGGUGGUAGACUGGCACAAACCGCUAAUUGGUACACCUCUGCUCGACCCAAGUCCACCGAGCUUCAUCGAUACACCGCAAGGCAAGCGUGUUGUCGCUAUCACCAGAAGUAAUGUGCUGGCAUGCCUGAGUGCUGAGUCCGGAGAAAUAGCUUGGAGACAUCUGUUGGAACACGAUGAUCCUGUGGUCAGCUAUCACGCGAACAAGGACACCAUACUACUGCUAUCUGGCCCAUCAGCAACUACGGCUCGUCUAUUCAACUCCACAACCGGAACCGCCAUCUGGGAACGGACGCUCCUCUCCGCAUCUUCUGCUCACCUCACCAAUCCCGUCCACCUUGGUACCGACGCCUUCUUUACAGCCGAAGAUGUUCCUUCAGUAAUCGUUCUCUCAGGAGGGAGGCGAGUGAGUAAGCUUCGACUCUCGGACGGCUUCGAGGAUUGGGCUAUGGAGGCUCCAGGCGUGGGCGACAAUAUCCUCUUUAAACAGCUUCACGUAUCCGAUCAAGCGGUCCACAUCUUGGCGGUCACCAACUCCUUUACUUCCCUCACCCUUACCACCCUCACUCUCGACCUCCUCACUUCGCAGCCCCUGGACGACUUUGCGCAAAUCCCCUGCCUGCUCGAAGCGCCCGAAAAUGCGAUGCUGGUUGGUUCGGAUAUCCCUGGAUCAGUAAGGGUGGUAUGGCUCGAGGUCGGUCGGAUCAAGGUAACAUACAUCGGACCGGGAGGAUAUGUGGGGAAUACCAAGGAUCUCCUGCCGACCUCGGGGCGGUACUACGACAAGAUCGUCGCUGCGGGAACCAGGGCGUCGGGUCUGUUGUUGGGUAUGGCGCAGGGCGGAGAGAUCACUGUACUGGAUGUAAGGGAGGGCGGCAGACGAGUGACCGUAUGGGAGGGCACGGGCGAUGUGGCAGAUAAGUCUCCCAGCGUGUACUCGUCCGCUCUCACCGAGACCGGCGUCGUCUUUUCGCGGAUGUACUGGUCCUUCAAGAACUCAUGGAGUGUCAUCGAAGCCAUGUCAGUGUCUUUUGAGGGGGAUAUCAUACAGAGCGGAUACACCUACUCCUUCGACACUGCCGAGCAUGGCGUUGUCCUAGCGGCUGCCGUAUCGCCCAUGCUUCCGUUCGAACAAAUCUCCGCACGGAAUGAGUUCAUGCCUACCCUCAUGAUCACAACGUCAUCUGGCGCUAUGCAGCUGGUUCACGGCCAGGGCAUAGCGUGGCAACGAGAGGAAAGUUUGGCGGAUAUCGCUGCCACCCGCUUUGUCGACCUCGGCGAGCCGGAAGUAGAGGAGACGGGGACUUUACUAGCGGAGGAAGGCUUUUUCGCUCGGACGACACGGCAUAUGCUAGCGCUCCGCAAACUCCCUGGAUACGUCUUCGGAUUCGUCCAGCGACUUACUACAUCUUCCUACUCUUCGGCCCAGCGCACCACACCUCUUACACUCGGCAAGCUUCAUCGGGACCAGUUCGGCUUACAGAAACUGCUUGUUGUAGCCACGAAAAAUGGCAAGCUCUUCGCUAUCGACUCUGCGAAUGGCAACAUCGUUUGGUGCCGCAACCUCGGCGUCACGACUGAUCACGGUGCCGAGUUGUCCGUCAAGGGUUUAUGGAAUGUCCGAGGCGUGGAUGAGGGAGAGGGUGCACUGCUGGCAGUUCUCGCAACGCGCACGACCGAGAAUUCUACCAGUACGGUCGCUUUCCACGUCGAAGCUCUGACCGGUAUGGUGAAGGGUGAUCAGCAUGCUCAGACCGGCUUGCCGACCGGGAAGGAGAUCUUUGAGGGAGAGUCAGAGUCUGCGUUCCUCGUUCCGUUCGAGAACUGCGGCACUAAGAUUAAGGUGCUCGCUGUUGUCAGCGAGGACAAAAAGAUUCACAUCUUCCCGAAAUGUAAACAGGUCGCCGCCGGUCUCUUCGGCAUGUCGUCCGAGCUCUUCUUCACCACGAUGUGGGCUAGCCUGGAUGGACCGGUCCUCUCCGGCCACUCGCCCUCAUCGACUAUCGGUGACUUCACCCUCGCCACCACUCCCCUGUGGUCUCGACAGCCAGUUGUCGGUGAGGUGCUGAUCUCCUCUACGCCCGUCGUUUUUGACAAUAUCGCAUCGUAUGGCCGGCCUCUCGGCGGCAAGGCGGUGCUAUACAAGUACCUCAACCCUCACCUCGUCGAUCUCGCCUCGACUCACGCAGAGAAGGGGUACGGCAAGGUCGAAGUGCUCGACUCUACUUCUGGACGAGUGGUAUACUCUGCUCAAGUCGACGGCGCCCGCGGGGACGUCAAAACGGCGAUGGUAGAGAAUUGGCUGGUAUUUGCAUGGAAGGGCGAGGAUGGGUGGCGGAUCACUAGUGUGGAGCUAUACGAGGACGCUCAGGGCAAGGGGCAGACACCCGGCUCUUCCAGCUUUGGAUCCGCGCAUGCCAUCAAGACCGCGGAGCGAACAUUCUUCCUUGGCUAUGGGGUCAAGUCGCUCGGGUUUACCACCUCAAAAUUCGGUAUCACCGCCAAGGAAUUACUUGUCGUCAAUGAUCGGAACCAAGUUUCAUCGAUACCCCGCCGUCUGCUCGACCCGCGCCGACCCAAGGGAAAGCCGACUUCAGCAGACAAGGAGGAGAUGCUCAUCCCAUACGACUCUGUCAUAUCGCAUGACCCCAGACACGUCGUUUCGCAUAAGAACCAGGUCCUUGGCGCUGAACACCUCUACACCUCCCCUACCCUGGCCGAGUCUACCUCGCUCCUCUUCGCCUACGGUCUGGACCUCUUCCUCACCCGCGGCCUCACGCCAAGCGGGACCUUCGACAUCCUAUCCGACAGUUUCAACAAGGUGCAGAUCUUGCUAUCCCUCGCGGUACUCUCAGUGGGGAUAGCAGUCGCCAAACCGGCCGUGCGACGCAAAACGCUCAAAAUGCGAUGGUACUAG